AUCUAUAUUGCCUAUAUCUGAAAUAAUAAUUGCUAACAAUUAUUGCCUUAUCUAAGUAUAUAAAGUAUUUCUGCGACCAUCAGUUAUUUCCAGAAGAUACCAGCAACUGCUUUUCAGAGGUUUUCACUAGUGCAAAAUGAUCAGAUAUGCUUGGUGUUUUCUAAUUUUCGUCUGUCUCCUUCGUAAUCCAGCUGUUUCAACUUCUUCAUUGGGAGGUAGCGGAAGUGGAGGAGCAGGCUGGAGUACCUCAGGGUCCAGCAAUGGGGGCUUUCAUCUAUCUGGUGGCUCCUCUUUUCAUCUAGGUCUUGGAAGUCUCUUUAAGGGAAUAGUGAACACAUUUGAAGGUAAAGGGGACGCCAGUGGAUCAGCAGGUGGUUCAGGAAGUCUACCACUAGGCGGAUCAGGAGAACACGGAGUAGGAGGUUCAAUUUCUUUCAACAGUGGCCUUGGAGGCAAUUCGCUAUCCGCGCAUGGUUCGAUAAACUUGAAGUCUAUCCUGAAGACCAUUUUUACUUUGCCUAUUAGAGUGCCCCAGAUAAUCUUCAGAUUUGUGAUCAAAGCCAUAUGGAACAUUGUGACACUGAAUGUGACCAUAAUCAAGGUGCCAGUGUCAAUAAUACGAAACAUUGUCACUUUCAUAUUUGGGGUCUUCAAGACGGUCGUGAAGACAAUCCUUAAUAUCAUUCUCAAUAUAAACUCGUUCAAUAUUGACAUCAUCGUAGGAGUAAUUGGAAAAAUCAAAUCAUUUGUGGCUUGGGUCAUAAGGAAAGUAUCCAGCGUUCAAAUAUUUGGCAUCCAAGUAGGAUUCAAUAUAGCCUCGUUCUUCAAAAACAGAAUCGAAGAUAUAAUAGAUGGCGCUUUGAGAUUUGUAGCCUGGAUCUUCAUUCACAUCAGCAAAGGUCUAAAGGGAACUUUCGAUGUUUUGCACAUCAAGGACAUCCUCAGGCUGCCUGGUAUCAGUGGCAUAGUCGGGGUGAUUCGAUGGGCUCGCACUUACGUUUUCGAGAUCAUUUUCAACAACGCGGUAUCCGUCGGGGAAUUCAUAGACAGCAUAAUUGACCAACAUCAAGACUUUUUCAUCCCGAUUUUCCAUAAUAUCCUCAAUUUCUUCCUAGCCAUCGCGAAUGCUUUCAAUCAAAUCAGAGAUGGAGGACUAUCAACAGGAAUAAAAGCCUCAAUAGGAAACUUGCACAUCAUGCUCGGCCCUCUGAUGUCAGGAUGUUGGAAAAUACACGGAAUUAGCGGACACACAUUCGGCAGUAAUGGAUCCCUAGCGUUGGGAGGAGGAGGAGGGUAUUCUGGAGGAAUAGGAGGCAAAGGAGGCCUCGAAAGCAAUGGAGGCCUAGGACUUGGAGGCAAUGGAGCUUCCGGAGGAAGUGGAUCAACAGGUGGUACUAUUGGAGGAAGUGGAACAUUUGGACAAGGCCUCGGGCUUGGAGGAGGGGGAACCACCGGAGGAGGACUAGCAAGUCAUGGAGGUUUCGGAGGAAGUGCAGGAAUUGGAUGGCAAGGGAGUCAUGGUUUCGGAAAUUCUGGAGGAAUAGGAGGAAAAGGAGGCCACGAAAGCAAUGCAGGCCUAGGACUUGGAGGCAAUGGAGCUUCCGGAGGAAGUGGAUCAACAGGUGGUACUAUUGGAGGAAGUGGAACAUUUGGACAAGGCCUCGGACUUGGAGGAGGGGGAACCACCGGAGGAGGACUAGCAAUAAGUCAUGGAGGUUUCGGAGGAAGUGCAGGAAUUGGAUGGCAAGGUAGUCAUGGUUUCGGGAAUUCUGGAGGAAUUGGAGGAAAAGGAGGCCUCGAGAGCAAUGGAGGCCUAGGACUUGGAGGCAAUGGAGCUUCCGGAGGAAGUGGAACAACAGGUGGUACUAUUGGAGGAAGUGGAACAUUUGGACAAGGCCUCGGGCUUGGAGGAGGGGGAACCACCGGAGGAGGACUAGCAAGUCAUGGAGGUUUCGGAGGAAGUGUAGGAAUUGGAUGGCAAGGGAGUCAUGGUUUCGGGAAUUCUGGAGGAAUUGGAGGAUCUGCUGAGAAUGGAGGUUCUGGGGGAAUAGGAGCAACAGGAGGAGGUAGCGGAGCAGAAGGCACAGUUGGAGGUGGAGGUAAAUUAAAAAUUAUAGUCCAAAGACCGCGAUGAAACGCGGACUAGGCCGGGAAGUAUCACAACGCUGUUGUCACUGUAACUAUAAAUAUCUUGGAAGGUAUAGGUAUUCUGUUCAAAAUUCAUUAGGAGUUUUACGAAAUACGUUCAUAUGAAGUUAUGUUCUUGAAAUUGGUCCAAGAAUCGUAGCACGUCAAUAAGGAACACCCUGUAUAUUGGCCUUGUGACGUUAAUAACUAUAAUCUCUUCCACUAGCUGCUGGAUCAACAAUAGGCUCAGGCUGGAUCUCUUCAUCAGGAUCUGGAAGCUCAUCUAGCUCAGGAGGUGACCCAGAAUCAGGAGAUUCGUCAGGUGGUGAAAAUUCCGGAUCAGAUGGAUCAAUAGGUGGAGAAAUAGGUGGAUCAGAUGGAGGAGCCAGUUCUGGCUCAAGUAACACCUUAGGUGGGGGAAAACGGUUUCGUGUUGGGUGGAAUAUCAGGGGAAGGUACUGGAUCUGAGUCAGGAGGUACUGGAUCUGAGUCAGGAGGUACUGGAUCUGAGUCAGGAGGUUCUGGCGAUACAUCUGGUGCAUUAGGGGGGCUAUGGAGCUUAGGAGGGUCAAUAGGUUCAUCAGGAACAGUCUCAGGAUCGGGCAGUGGUUCUGGGGAUGCCUCAGGAGGCUCAGGUGGAUCGUCUAGUACCGGUAUUUCUGGUAGUUUGAGUUUGGGAAGUUCUGGAUCAGGAUCUGGAGGAAUAACUGGCAGCUCUGGAGGAGGGUCCUUGGACAUUCCAGUAUCUGAACUAGGACAAAAAUACGAUGAAAUUACAGGGCUAGGCCAUUUAGGAGGAUCAUCCGGUAAAGUAUCUGGAGGAAUAUCGAUUAAUGGAGAGAAGCCCAAGACGUUCCAUCAUCAAUUCGUCAUUAGAGGUCGCUGAUUAUGUAAAAUUAGAUUCCAAAUGUGAAUAAAGUGUUUCCUGAGAUAUUUUGU